AUCAAUAAUAAACGAAACAAAUGGAUAACGCUAAUCCAAUCAUAUACAAGUCGACAAAGACACUAUCGACUACACAGCCGAAAGAACGAUUAUUAGAAAAUGAAGAUGCAAAGUCAUUGUUUUAUAUUGACACAAAACUGAUAAUUGAUAAACAGGAAACAGCCAAUAGCGAAACAAAACCAACAAACAAUAUAUUUCAACCAACCUCAACAUAUGAUGAAUUUGAAGUCACAGAAAUAUUCAAUAUCAUUAGGAACAUCAAGGAUCCAGAAUACUCCUACACACUGGAAUCACUCAAAAUAGUUGAACCGGAAAAUAUAGAUAUAGAUCAAGAGAAUGCUAUCGUAACCGUUAAGUUCACACCAACUGUUCCGCAUUGCUCUCAAGCAACCAUUAUCGGUCUUAUGAUCUAUGUUAAGCUGCAACAAAGCUUGCCGCUUCACUUCAAAAUCGACGUGCAAAUAACAGAAGGAACUCAUAAUACAGAAGACGCUAUUAACAAGCAAUUGUUGGACAAGGAAAGGGUCGCAGCCGCACUGGAAAAUCCAGUUCUUCUGGAUAUGAUAAAUGAUGGAAUAUACAACACCGUAGAAUGGGAUGAUAGACUUAUAUCCAUCUAAUACCAUAGAUACACAUUUUAAUAUAUCGGAAUAAA